GGGGUGUCCAGCAGUGAGGCCCGGAGGAAGGCAGCCAGGCAGAGGCAGUGGGGAGCACAGCAAGGGAACAACACAGGCAGAAAGAACCAGAAGGACCCAAAAAGGGGCAAGGACCCCAACACUCAUCCGGCUGGAGCCGGCCCUGGGAGAAGCUCUGCUGCCUGUCUGUCCCCAUGGGCCACCGUGGGCCAUGGCUGCACGCUUCUCUCCUCUGGGCUGCCGUGGUCAGCCUGCUCUUCCCCCCGGCCAUGACCCAGCAGCUGAGAGGGGCCGGGCCGGGCCCCAGCAACUGGAACAACAAUGCGGGAGUCGUGGGGCCCUCAGAGGAUGUGCCAGAUGAGUUUGGCGACCCCAGGCACAGCCACCGAGGCCACAGAGAUGAGAAUGAGGAUGUCUCCAGGGAAUACAGUCAUGGGCUCCGAGACCACAGGUACCAAGACCACGAGGUCAGAGAAGAGAAUAUCCCUGAUGAAGAGGUCUUCACAGAGCAUGCUCGACAGGCCUGUGGGUCCAGAGGCCAUGGGAACGAAGAUGUGGAUGAUUCAGAUGAGCACGGGCACCACUUCCCCAGCCACAGAAGCCACAGCCAUCAGGACGAGGAUGAGGAUGAAGUUGAGUCCAGCAAGUAUCACCAUCAUAGCAUCAGGCAUGUGCCUGGAGGCCACAGAGAAGAGCACGAUGAAGAUGAAGAGGAAGGGGUGGUCUCCACUGAGUAUGGACACCACGCCCACAGGCAUCAAGGCCACGGAAGGGAAGAGGAUGAAGACGGCUCAGAUGAAUAUCCCCAUCAUGUCCCCAGCCACGGACACCGAGGCCACAGAGAAGAAGAAGGUGAUGAUGAUGUUGAUGAUGAUGUUGUCUCCACUGAGUAUGGACACCAUGCCCCCAGGCGCCGAGGCCACGGGAGGGAAGAGGAUGAAGAUGCCUCAGAUGAAUAUCCCCAUCAUGUCCCCAGCCACAGACACCGAGGCCACGGAGAAGAAGAAGGUGAUGAUGAUGAUGAUGAUGAUGAUGAUGUUGUCUCCACUGAGUAUGGACACCACGCCCACAGGCACCAAGGCCACGGGAAAGAAGAGGAUGAGGACAUCUCAGAUGAACACCAUCAUCAUAGCCCCAGUCCUGAACACCGAGGCCACAGAGAAGAGGAGGAAGAGGAUAUGUCCACUGAGUCUGGACACCAGGUCCACAGGCACCAAGGCCACGGGAAAGAAGAGGAUGAGGACAUCUCAGAUGAACACCAUCGUCAUAGCCCCAGUCCUGAACACCGAGGCCACAGAGAAGAUGAGGAAGAGGAUAUGUCCACUGAGUCUGGACACCAGGUCCACAGGCACCAAGGCCACGGGAGGGAAGAGGAUGAAGAUGUAUCAGAUGAACACCAUCAUCAUACCCCCAGUCACGGACACCUAGGUUAUGGAGACGAAGAAGAUGAGGAUGAGGAUGUGUCCACUGAACACUGGCACCAGAUUCCCAGACAUACUCACAGCCUUGGAGAUGAGGACGAAGAGGAAGAGGAGAUCACAGUCAAGUUCAGCCACCAUGUUGCAAGCUCCCAACACCCAGGCCCCAAGAGCACUGAGGAGGAGGACUUUCCAGAUGAAUAUAAGUCAGCAGUCCCUGACCAUCACCACCACGGAGGCCCCAAGGAUGAAGAUGAGGACAUCUCUGACAAGCUUGGCCACCAGGCUCCCAGCCACAGGCAACAAGGCCACCAAGAUGAAGGGACUGGCCACAGAGGGUCCCUGGAAGAUGAGAUCAGCCACCAGCCUCCAGAACACAUGGAGGUCAAGGACAGAAGCCAUUUGAGGGAGAGAGAUUCUGAGGAGGAAGAGGAGAAGGAGGAGGACCAGAGUUCCCAGGAGGAAGAUGAUGAAAGUUCAGAACGGGGAGAAGAAGGCACCCGCCAUGGCAGCCUGGACCGGAAGGAUGAAGACGAUGAUGAGGAAGGUCACGGCCUCAGUGUGAGCCACGAGGAGGAGGAGGGAGAAGAGGAAGAGAAGAGGGAAGGGAGGGCUGAGGUUCACGCGCCACUGAGCCAAGACCACCAGGAGGGGGAAGAGGAGGAGGAGGAGGAGGAGGGGCUGGAGGAAGAGGAGCUCCCCUUCACCAUCAUCCCUAACCCACUGGCCAGGAGGGAGGUGGCUGGAGGUGGCUCCAGUGAGGAGCAGAGUGGCGAGGACACGGAUCUGCAGGGUGCCCGGGAGUACGGGAACUACCAGCCUGGGUCCCUGUGUGGCUACUGCUCUUUCUGCAAUAGAUGCACUGAAUGUGAGAACUGUCACUGCGACGAGGAUAACAUGGGGGAGCACUGCGACCAGUGCCAGCACUGCCAGUUCUGCUACCUCUGCCCGCUGGUCUGCGAAACUGUCUGCACUCCAGGAAGCUACGUGGACUAUUUCUCCUCCUCCCUGUACCAAGCCCUGGCGGACAUGCUGGAAACUCCGGAACCCUGACCCAGCGGUGCGGCUGCGGCGCAGACGCACCUCCCUGGCCCUCCAACCCCUUUCCACGAGCCAUAUUUAUUGAAUUGCGUUAUGAAUAAACAUGCUCCCCGAAACCUCACUGUCAGGCGUGGGGGCUGGAUUCUCGGAGCACCAGGGAAGGCGCGGGUGGGGACUGCGGACUUGGACUCAUGGGUCUGAGGGAGGAGUGGUCUGGCCUCCCAGGUUCUUGAGGAGGUCGGUUUUGCUAAGGUCCUGACAAAUAAAUCAGUCAACAC